CACUCAAAACAAAUUUAAAGAGUCUCAUAACCUUCUCCAGCUAGCGUGUGUGAGAUUCAAUUCAAUUCUUCAAGGAGAAUGCAGGAGGGAAAGAAGAGGUUGGCAACAUUGGUGGGGUGCAACUACCCCAAUACUCAGCAUGAGCUCCAUGGCUGCAUCAACGACGUCCAUGCUAUGAGCGACGUCCUCGUUGCCCGCUUCGGCUUCCACCGCAACGACAUACUCAUCCUCACCGAUGCCUCCGGCUCGCCGCUGCUCCCCACCGGUGCCAACAUCAAGAGCGCAGUCGCUGCCAUGAUUGCCCGAGCUGAGCCCGGGGAUGUCCUCUUCUUCCACUACAGCGGCCAUGGCACCCUCAUCCCCCCCGUCAAGCCGCACCAUAGCCGGCAUGCUCAUGACGAGGCCAUCGUCCCUUGCGACUUCAAUCUCAUCACCGAUGUCGACUUCCGGCAACUGAUCGACCGCCUGCCGGCAGGAGCGAGCUUCACCAUGAUCUCCGACUCGUGCCACAGUGGUGGCCUCAUCGACAAAGAGAAAGAACAAAUCGGCCCGUCGACCACCAUCGGCCUCACUGUUCUUCCACAGCGUCCAAGAAUCAUCCCAUUCGACUCCAUUCUCGACCACCUCAGCUCUCUCUCCGGCAUCGACUCGCCGCACGUCGGCGACCACCUCUCGACCCUCUUCGGUGCUGAGGCCAGCGCCAAAUACUCGGAAAUAUCCAACCUCUUGGAGCCUCUAAAACCAGACGACGGGAUCCUUCUGAGUGGGUGCCAAGCCAAUGAAACAUCAGCUGACAUGAGCCCGGAGUGUGGAUCAGGAGAAGACAAGGCUUAUGGGGCUUUCAGUAACUCUAUUCAAAUGGUGUUGAAGGGGCAUGAGGGAGUUCUUAGCAAUAGAGAGCUGGUGACGCGUGCACGGGCUUUGCUACGUUCGCAAGGGUUUCUUCAGCACCCGUGUUUGUAUUGCAGUGAUAAGAACGCGGAUGCACCCUUUCUGUGGCAGCCGGAGGGGCCGCUGCGGUCAAGUAUGUGAGGUGCUGUGGGUGACACAGAGAGAGUGGGAUUGGAUCAUUGAUGGGUUGAUUUGUUUGAGAGCGUAAAAAACUCUUCCUGUAAGUGUGAAUAAGAAAUGUAGUGAAGACUAUCUGAUUAGAUACCAUACCUCAUUUGAGAUUUACUGCAACAGAGUUGUUGGGUUUAUUGAAAACUAAUGAAUAGACUCAAAACUGAAGCUUGGAUGGUUCGCUUGACCUAAAUAGCAGGGAUUUCUGAAAAAACAUUGAGUGAAUGCUAGAAUAAAGAAUAGCCCAGCAUCCAAACAAUUCUUCACACAGCACAAUUCCCAUUUCAAGUCAUAGAAGCAUAUGAUGUUCUCCAAC